AUGAAUAACACAGACAUCAUCAUUAAGCCAGCCGAUAAAGGGGGAGCUGUAGUCAUUAUGAAUUUUUCAGAUUAUGAUAUCACUAUGAACAAUCUUUUAUCUGAUGAUAUUGUAUAUGAAAAAAUUACUCCAACAGUCCAUAAGAAGAUCAUUAAAACAGUACAUUCAGAUCUCUAUGACCUCCUGAUGGGGGACAAUAAAAUGAUGUCACCAAAAAGUCCACUGGAGACGCUGAAUGAGCAAUUCCCUGGCCUGCAGUUCAAACUAAUUCGGCAGAGUGGGCCACUCUAUGCCCCAGUGCUUACAGUUGGGGUUGAAAUAAUUGGUAAAUCCUUUGAAGCAUCAGGUCCUUCCAAGAAGACAGCUAAACACCGUCUAGCAGAAAAGGUUCUAAAACAAGUUGUAGAAAAAUGUAUGGAAAAUCCUGUAAAAGAACUGAAUAGCCUACGAGAAGGGCUGGAAUACAAAGAGUUGGCUAAGACUGGUGACCGUUAUAAUAGGUGCUAUGUCAUGGAGGUUGAAGUUGACGGGCAUACAUUUACUGGUAGAGGUCGAAAUAAGAAAAAAGCAAAGGAAAACGCUGCAAUGGCAGUACUCAGAAAUUUCUGGUGUGAUAAAACAGCUCCUGCUAAGGCAGAUAAAAAUAUGUCUGCGAAAAGUGCAGCAACAGAGGUGAGCUCUUUUUUACUGUCUUUAAAUACAAACAUUAUAAAAACUUUUAACAGAGAAGAAUCACUCUUAUGA